AUGAUUGUGAGAAACAUAUCCACAGUGAGUGGCUUCUGCCUCCUGGGGUUCUCUGACAAGAGGGAGCUGCAGAUCCUACAUGCUUGGAUCUUCUUGCUGAUGUACCUUUUGGGCUUUGCAGGAAACUUCAUCAUCAUCACCAUCACAACGCUGGACCCACAGCUCCAAUCUCCAAUGUGUUACUUCCUUAAACACCUUUCCCUUUUUGACCUCUCUUCCCUGUCUGCCACUGUUCCCCAGUCUAUCCACAAUUCCCUGACAGGCAGUGGAUACAUUUCCUAUGCCCAAUGUGUGCUGCAGAUUUUCUUCUUCGCAUCCUUGGGCUGCAGUGAGGUCGCCAUUCUCACAGUGAUGUCCUAUGACCGCUAUGUGGCCAUCUGCCUCCCACUGCACUAUGAGGUCAUCAUGAAUCCCAGAACAUGCAGGUGGGCUGUGACAGCUGUGUGGAUAAGUGGAGGCAUCACAGGAAUCUUGUACACAACAACCACAUUCUCUAUGAGAUUCUGCGGGGCCAAAAUCAUCCACCAGUUCUUCUGUGAUAUCCCCCAGUUGCUCAAGCUCUCCUGCUCCAAUGGUUACCUUGGUGUGGUUGGAGUGAUUGCUCUCAUGGUUAUGGUGGGAACUGCCUGUUUCACUGCCAUUUGCCUCUCCUAUAUCCAGAUAUUCUCCAUAGUCCUCAGGAUGCCCUCUGCGCAAGGUCGCUCUAAGGUCUUCUCCACCUGCCUGCCCCACCUCUGUGUGGUCUCAUUUUUAUUCUCUGCUGGGACCUGUGCAUAUCUCAAGCCAACUUCAGACUCUACAACUGCUCUAGACCUCACACUUUCUAUCUUUUACACAGUGCUUUCCCCAACACUCAACCCUAUCAUCUACAGUCUGAGGAAUGAGGCCAUGAAGACAGCUGUAAGAAAAUUACUGAUAGAUAGAGAAUUUUUUUAG